AUGGCGGUUCUGAUGGCUCCUACUCCUGUUCCUGCCCCAACUAGUGAUGGGACAUCGAUAGACCAAGCUAUUGCAUAUGUGUUGAUGUUGGUCACUCUAGUGCUCACAUACCUCAUCCAUCCCCUUGAUGCCUCAUCAUAUAGUUUGUUCGAAUAA